UUUGCCUCCAGUGUAGCAACAGGCUUUUCAUUGGCUCUGUGAGUGCAUGUGUUGCUCUUUUCUCUCUGCAGAGGGAGACAUAAUCUCACUUUUCUCAUGCCUGCAGCCCAAUUUCAUGUGUCCAAGCUCAAGGCUGCAUGUUAUAUAGCCUAUUUCUCAUGUAACAUACUGCAUGCUAUACUAAUAAGCCCCACUGACCUUCCCAUUUCACCCAAUAGCUUUCUGAUACUAUUCUUACAUAUGUAGUCCGUCAUCUGUGCCCCAUGCCCUGACCUGGCCACAGUCAUGUCUGCAGUUGGGGAGAGAUUGUUCCUCUGUAGCCUACACCAGCAGCUCACCACAGCACCAAUGGUAGCUGCGUUGACUUCCUCAACCUGUGGUUGACUGACUGGCUGACUGAGCUGAGGACUGGGAGAUUAUGAGGAGGCCUGCCAUUCACACUGGCUUGUGGAGACUCGUUCAAGGGGCCCCUCUCUCUCGCUUUCUGUCGAGCACUCUCUUGCUCUUCUCAAGUUGCCAGGGCAGCCAGCUUUUCAGAUUGGGAGAAAGUUUGAACAGAUUGUCUGAUGCACAGUCCUCCGCUGCAGUGAAAACAAGACCAGGGUGAAUUUUAACACAUUCAGUGCCCCCUUUUAAGUUUUUUCUGAAUUAGAGGAGGAAACAGUUUGUUCUUUCGUGAAUAACCUAUUCAGCAGUAGGCUGCUACUCUUAAACAUUCACAUUUUCUUGCAGUGUGUCUUUGCAUAAACUUGCACUACCCUGGCCCCUUUGAGGAAUUGUCUCAAGCCUGGGUGAAGGUUUCUGCUCUGUGCACAAACAUCCUAAAUGCGGGCAAAGAAAACAUUUCAUUUUUUUUAGCUGUAGGAGAGACAGCGCUGAAAGCUGCAGAAGGACUUACCCUACCUGUAUGUUUGAACGCCCUGUUAGCUUUCAGCAGAGCAAAGGGGCCAGAGAAGGGGCAAAUAUAUUUUCUCUCUCUCCCCCUCCUUCUGUCUCUCUCGCUCUCUCUCCUCGGUGUGUCUCUCUCUGUGUCUCUCUUUUGCUUUCUCUGUCUCUCUUUCUCUGUGUGUGUCUUGCUGUGUUGUGUCUUCGUCGCUCUCUCUCUUCUCUCUCUCUCUCUUCUCUCUUGUACUAUCUCGCUCUCUUCGUCUAUCUUCUCUCUCUCUCUCGGCUCUCUCUCUCGGUUUCUCUCUCUCUGUCUCUCUCUCUCUCUCUCUCUGUGUGUGUCUCUCUCUCUCUGUGUGUUUCUCUCUGUGUCUCUCUCUCUGGUCUUGUCUCUCUCUCUCUUCUCUCUCUCGUGUCUCUCUCUCUGUGUGUGUGUGUGUCUCUCUCUCUCUUCUCUGGUGUGUGUCUGCUCUCUCUGUGUGUGUCUCUCUCUCUGUGUGUGUCUCCUGUGUGUGUCUCUCUCUCUGGGGGUUCGCUCUCUCUCUUGUGUGUGUCUCUCUCUCUGUGUUGUGUCUCGCUUCUUGUGUGUGUUGUCUCUCUCUCUCUCUGUGUGUGUCUCCCCUUUUGUGUGGUCUCUCUCUCUCUCUGUGUGUGUCUCUCUCUGUGUGGUCUCUCUCUCUCUGGUGUGUGUCUCUCUCUCUGUGUGGGGUCUUCUUCUGGUGUUCUCUCUCUGUGGUGUGUGUUUGUCUCUCUCUGUUUGUGUGUGUGGUCUCUCUCUGUGUGUGUCUCUCUCUCUGUGUGUGUCUUUGCUCUCUGUGUGGUGUCUCUCUCUCUCUGUGUGUGUUUCUCUCUUCUGGUGUGUGUCUCUCUCUGUGUGUGUCUCCUCUCUGUUGUGUUUUCUCUCCUCUGUGUGUGUGUCUUCUCUCUCUGUGUGUGUCUCUCUCUCUGGGUGUUGUGUGUCUCUCUCUGUGUGUGUCUCUCUCUGUGUGUGUCUCUCUCUCUCUCUGUGUGUCUCUCUCUCUGUGUGUCUCUGUUCUCUCUCUUUCUCUCUCUGAGCCUAAGGGGCCUCCAUUCGAUCCAUUCUAAUCACCAACUAAUCUGCCCAAUUUUUUUGGCCAUUUUGUCUGUCACUCGACACCGGCCCGUUGGCGUUGGAACCAUCAGGUCGCCCCGAUUGUACCGAGAAGCAUCUCUAUCUCCCCCUCCCUGUGUCAUUCACAGGGCAGCUAUGGAUAGAGUAAAUAAACACAGCUCCAGACACUUUGAAUAGUACUGCAGUUUGACGGAAUGUCUCGCAACCGAUUGGGGGGAGAAGAUUGCAUGGCAUCUGGCUGCCUAACUGACAAUAUAGGUCUACUCAAAACUUUGUAUGAUACUUGUGCUAAAAUCAGUGUGUGUGUCUAUGUACAGAUGAACAUAGACUUAGCAUUUCACUUUAGGUAGUGUACUUUGUUCUAUUGUUAAGAACCCCAAUGUGUCUUACUGUAGAUAUCACAAAGGUAAAUCAAGUCUUAUCUGUAGUCUAGGAAUUGUAGAAUAUGUUUCUAUAUAAGUAGAAGAGCAAGGAGAUGAUUGUAUCUAGGUUACAUUUACAUUUACGUCAUUUAGCAGACGCUCUUAUCCAGAGCAACUUACAAAUAGGUGCAUUCACCUUAUAGCCAGUGGGAUAACCACUUUACAAUGUUUUUUUUGUUUUUAUGUUUUUUUUUUUUUGGGGGGGGUGAGGGGGGGGGGGGCUAGAAGGAUUACUUUAUCCUAUCCCAGGUAUUCCUUAAAGAGGUGGGGUUUCAAAUGUCUCCGGAAGGUGGUGAGUGACUCCGCUGUCCUGGCGUCGUGAGGGAGCUUGUUCCACCAUUGGGGUGCCAGAGCAGCGAACAGUUUUGACUGGGCUGAGCGGGAACUAUGCUUCCGCAGAGGUAGGGGAGCCAGCAGGCCAGAGGUGGAUGAACGCAGUGCCCUCGUUUGGGUGUAGGGACUGAUCAGAGCCUGAAGGUACGGAGGUGCCGUUCCCCUCACAGCUCCGUAGGCAAGCACCAUGGUCUUGUAGCAGAUGCGAGCUUCAACUGGAAGCCAGUGUAGUGUGCGGAGGAGCGGGGUGACGUGAGAGAACUUGGGAAGGUUGAACACCAGACGGGCUGCGGCAUUCUGGAUGAGUUGUAGGGGUUUAAUGGCACAGGCAGGGAGCCCAGCCAACAGUGAGUUGCAGUAAUCCAGACGGGAGAUGACAAGUGCCUGGAUUAGGACCUGUGCCGCUUCCUGUGUAAGGCAGGGUCGUACUCUCCGAAUGUUGUAGAGCAUGAACCUACAGGAUCGGGUCACCGCCUUGAUGUUAGCGGAGAACGACAGGGUGUUGUCCAGGGUCACGCCAAGGCUCUUCGCACUCUGGGAGGAGGACACAACGGAGUUGUCAACCGUGAUGGCGAGAUCAUGGAACGGGCAGUCCUUCACCGGGAGGAAGAGCAGCUCUGUCUUGCCGAGGUUCAGCUUGAGGUGGUGAUCCGUCAUCCAUACUGAUAUGUCUGCCAGACAUGCAGAGAUGCGAUUCGCCACCUGGUUAUCAGAAGGGGGAAAGGAGAAGAUUAGUUGUGUGUCGUCAGCGUAGCAAUGAUAGGAGAGGCCAUGUGAGGAUAUGACAGAGCCAAGUGACUUGGUGUAUAGCGAGAAUAGGAGAGGGCCUAGAACUGAGCCCUGGGGGACACCAGUGGUGAGAGCACGUGGUGCGGAGACAGCUUCUCGCCACGCCACUUGGUAGGAGCGACCGGUCAGGUAGGACGCAAUCCAAGAGUGAGCCGCGCCGGAGAUGCCCAGCUCGGAGAGGGUGGAGAGGAGGAUCUGAUGGUUCACAGUAUCAAAGGCAGCAGACAGGUCUAGAAGGACAAGAGCAGAGGAGAGAGAGUUAGCUUUAGCAGUGCGGAGAGCCUCCGUGACACAGAGAAGAGCAGUCUCAGUUGAAUGACCAGUCCUGAAACCUGACUGGUUUGGAUCAAGAAGGUCAUUCUGAGAGAGAUAGCAAGAGCGUUGGCUAAAGACGGCACGCUCAAUAGUUUUGGAAAGAAAAGAAAGAAGGGAUACUGGUCUGUAGUUGUUGACAUCAGAGCGAUCGAGUGUUGGUUUUUUGAGAAGGGGUGCAUCUCUCGCUCUCUUGAAGACGGAAGGGACAUAGCCAGCGGUCAAGGAUGAGUUGAUCAGCGAGGUGAGGUAAGGGAGAAGGUCACUGGAGAUGGUCUGGAGAAGAGAGGAGGGGAUAGGGUCAAGCGGGCAGGUUGUUGGGCGGCCUGCCGUCACAAGUCGCAAGAUUUUAUCUGGAGAGAGAGGGGAGAAAGAAGUCAAAGCAUAGGGUAGGGCAGUGUGAGCAGGACCAGCAGUGUCAUUUGACUUAACAAACGAGGAUCGGAUGUCGUCAACCUUCUUUUCAAAAUGGUUGACGAAGUCAUCCACAGAGAGGGAGGAGGGGGGGGGGGGAUUCAGCAGGGAGGAGAAUGUGGCAAAGAGCUUCCUAGGGUUAGAGGCGGAUGCUUGGAAUUUAGUGGUAGAAAGUGGCCUUAGCAGCAGAAACAGAUGAAGAAAAUGUAGAGAGGAGGGAGUGAAAAGAUGCCAGGUCUGCAGGGAGUCUAGUUUUCUUCCAUUUCCGCUCAGCUGCCCGGAGCUCUGUUCUGUGAGCUCGCAAUGAGUCAUCAAGCCACGGAGCUGGAGGGGAGGACCGAGCCGGCCGGGAGGAUAGGGGACAUAGAGAGUAAAGGAUGCAGAAAGGGAGGAGAGGAGGGUUGAGGAGGCAGAAUCAGGAGAUUGGAGGGAGAAGGAUUGAGCAGAGGGAAGAGAUGAUAGGAUGGAAGAGGAGAGAGUAGCGGGAGAGAGAGAGCGAAGGUUGCGACGGCGCAUUACCAUCUGUGUAGGGGCAGAGUGAGUAGUGUUGGAGGAGAGGGAGAGAGAAAAGGAUACAAAGUAGUGGUCGGAGACUUGGAGGGGAGUUGCAGUGAGAUUAGUAGCAUCUAGUAAAGAUGAGGUCAAGCGUAUUGCCUGCCUUGUGAGUAGGGGGGGACGGUGAGAGGGUGAGGUCAAAAGAGGAGAGGAGUGGAAAGAAGGAGGCAGAGAGAAAUGAGUCAAAUGUAGACGUAGGGAGGUUGAAAUCCCCCAGAACUGUGAGGGGUGAGCCAUCCUCAGGAAAGGAACUUAUCAAUGCGUCAAGCUCAUUGAUGAACUCUCCAAGGGAACCUGGAGGGCGAUAGAUGACAAGGAUAUUAAGCUUAAAUGGGCUAGUGACUGUGACAGCAUGGAAUUCAAAUGAGGAGAUAGACAGAUGGGUCAGGGGAAAAAUUUAGAAUGGUGUUGCUAGGCUUGUUAUCCUGCAUAUUGACUUUUAGUAGCGGUGGGGCCAGGUGUAAAUUUAGCCCCAGGUUGUGAAGUGAGUUUCCCAGAAGCGGAAGGCCGAGGCUGGCAGGGCUUUGGCAGUAGAGGGGGACAGCAGUGUAGGAUGUCUGUCUGGGUAGGAAGGUUACACUUCCAAGCCGUACAAAGGUGGAACUGGAUGUCAAGCUCUCUAUUUGGGGAAACUUUGGUGUUCCAUUAGCUCAAAGUUCACUGCUUCUGAGAAAACGCCCCUCUUUCUGUUCCAUGUGGUGCGUUCCACACAGUAAUGUCUUCCAGAUGGCAGUUGUCUCUAGCCUACACGGGUGAGCGUGUUUGGUGGCUAAAGGUCUCUCUCUCUUCUGAUCCAGUCGGUUCACACGCAAUCGGACAGAGUUUUCCACAGCGUUCGGUGUGAAACGAGGACAUAGCAAUAAAUAUGGCAGAUCAUUAUUUAGCCUAGCAAGCAGCCUCCUGGGGGACUGAACGUUUCCAGGCUAAUGACCGGCGUGAAUGCGUAGAUAGCUACGCUAGAUGCCCACUUUCAUGCCCGUUUACAAAAAAGUUAAACAAUUUCAGGGUAGAGAGAGGGGGGGGUGAAAGAAAACGUGAAAGGGGCUCCAUUCAUGGUUGUCUGCAUUUGAAACUGCAGACUCAAAGCUUCUAACAGUUGGCCCUUUCAGAAAAGUGCUCUUUAAAAAUAACCUUUUUGUAAAUCCAAAUAAAAUCGGUGCCAGCCCCCGGACCCUUUCAUGUCCACCACACCUGGAUGCUAAGAUCUAAUGGGGGAAAAAAGCCUCAGACCUGGCUUGUCUCAUGCAUAUCACUGGGUGUUUGCUUGGUCCAACCCAGCGUAACCUUAAUGGUAUCUACUGCUCAGCACCUUUCUAACCUGAAUCGUUGGGUUGUGCACGGUUGCCUUUUGGUCUCUCCACCGCUCCUUUGGUCUGAUGUCUUCUAUACCUUUUGAAGUUGCGCUCCAGUCCCAAAUCUCCUUUCCUGCCCAUUUGAAAGGCACAGCCGCUCUCUGCCCACAACAUCACACCAUGUGAAUGCAAAGUGGGAUUAAUAUAUUAGCCUGCCUGAGGGCAAGGGGUGUGGAUAGAGGCCAUCUUGGUGGUGGGACUGAAGUGGAGGCCCAAAAUGGACCCCUUUGUGUCUUGUUAGGACUCUCUUACAUAUAACCAACAAGGGCUUGAUUAAACAAGGGUUGGGUGAUUUUCAAUUAAUGUACUGAAUUUCAAUUCACUUCCUGAUACGUUUAAAUGAAAUUGACCCCCAACCCUGCCUAUAAACUUAGACUUAGGCCUACAACUCAUCCCCUCCCAGCCUGUCUUUCUCUUAGCCUUCACCAUUUUGUUACCUAUUGAAUCCUGAAGAUGACCUUUUUAAGUGAAAAUGACAAACGUAAAUACUGAACUACUAUUCCUCUCUUCUUCUCUCGUCUUCCAGGCUCAGCCCUACUGGACCUGACGGAGCAGUUUGCCCUCCCAGAGACGGCCCCCCCCAUGCUGGCUAGGCUGCUGGAGGCCAUCGAGAGGAAAGGUGAGCUGAGCUGGCCAGUACACACCGGACUAAUACAAACUGGUCAUCUAAACAUUUACAUUUUAGUCAUUUAGCAGACGCUCUUAUCCAGAGCGACUUACAGGAGCAAUUAGGGUUAAGUGCCUUGCUCAAGGGAACAUCGGCAGAUUUUUUUUGCCUAGUUGGCUAAGGGGAUAAAGAACCAGCGACCGUUCAGUUACUGGCACAACGCUCUUAACCACUAAGCUACCUGCCGCCCUUUUCCUAUAUUUCCUAUAUUUGCAUUCUAGAAGAUUCGCUGCUCGUGUAUCAACAACAUUAUUUAAAUACCCUAAAUACAUUUACAUUUACAUUUUAGUCAUUUAGCAGACGCCCUUAUCCAGAGCGACUUACAGUUAGUGAAUACAUUAUUAUUUUUUUUAUACUGGCCCCCCGUGGGAAAUGUGUUGUGUUGUGGAAUUAUUUUUAUAGUGAUUUUAUGGACUUUCUAGGAAUCAAAGUAAUGGCAGCUUAGCUAUGGACUUUCUAGGAAUCAAAGUAAUGGCAGCUUAGCUAUGGACUUUCUAGGAAUCAAAGUAAUUGCAUUUUAGCUAGUGGCUUAUUAUGUGCUCCUUGAUUCUGUGUAGGUCUGGACAACCCAACUCUGUACAGGACCUUCACAGCGGGUGGUGGACUGGAUGUCAGACAGUGCUUUGACACUGGUGAGUAGAAUUCAUGUUAUUCACUUAUUUCCACCCAAAUUCAAAUUCAAUGUCUCUUUAAUUAUUAUUAUUAUUAUUAUAUAUUUUUUGAAAAGCUGUUAGACCUUGAGCAAACGUUGUGUGUGUGUUGUGUUCAGAUCCCCCGUCAGCAGACCUGGACCAGAUGGACCUGCAGAUGUUGUGUGACGGUCUCCGUCGGUACCUGCAGGAUCUUCCCCAGCCUGUCAUCCCACCAGCCAUUUACACUCAGCUGGUUCACACCGCCCAAGGUACACACACACUGUAAACACUGCCAUUCACUCUUAUCAGAAUACACCACAUGAUUACAACCAUUAUUCUAUAGCACCCACUGUUGUUUCCUUCCUGUCAAGUCCAAAUCAGCAUGUUGGUUAGAGGUUGAAAUGUGUUGUUUGUAGCUCUCAGCAAUAAUGCAGAAUAUUUGAAUAUAGGCUUUCAGUGGGCCGUGUGUCAAGCCAAAGGUACACAGCAGCCCUAACCUGAUCUACCACUGGACGGGCUAUGGAACACUCUGUACCUUUUGAGAUUGGAGAGGGAACCCAGAGGAUCUAGAACUAGUGUCAAUAUCCACCCGUUGGCCCUUUACAGAGACCGAGAACAGACACACACUCUAUCUUUCUCUAUUGCUCUCUCUCUCUUCCUCCCUCCCCGCAUUUCUUUGGUUCACUUUCUCUAUCUGUCUUGGGAUCUUUCUUUCUCUCUCUCUCUCUCUCUUGCACCUUCUGUCUGUCUGUCUCUCUCUCGCCUUCUUUCUCUCUCUCGCCUUCUGUCGCUCUCUGAAUCUCUGUCCCUCCCUCCCCUGUAUCUCUACAUCUGUCUUGGGUUCUUUCUCUCUCCUUCGCUCUCUUUCUUUCUCCCUCCCUCCCUUUUGUUCUGUUCUUCAGCGCCAGCUGGAUUUUCGUUCUGUCACAUGGCCAGAAACAGGAUCUCUGUGGUUAAUAGCAACUAAAAUAAGCCUGAAGGUUUAUCUCCCACAUCUCAGUGCUAGCCAAUCAUCUGCAAGUGUACCUUGCACUCCUCACUCAUUGUUGAGCACACACAAUCUCAAUGCGGUUUUCUAACCCGACUACUGCGCACUGGGCUCUUUUUUUUCCGCCACCCCGUUGGUCGAAGGGAAGCCUGCUCGCCUCACACCUCUGUAACUUCAACUGAGGGAGCUUUUGGAAGGGUUUUGACAGUGUGACAUUCCUUCCUCUCUGACACCGGUGUGUGUGUGUUGGUCCCCCAGAGGUGCAGAGCCCCGAGGAGUGUGCCCAGCUGCUGCGUCACAUCGCCAGCGCACCCAGCCUGCCGGCCCAGUACUGGCUCACCUUCCACUGCCUGCUGCGCCACUGGUCCCGGGUGUGCCACAACGCACCCAAGAACCUGCUCAGCUCCCGUGCGCUGGGCGAGAUCUUCAGCCCCGUGCUUUUCAGACAGCAGGCUGCCAGGUGGGUGGAAGAAAGAGACAGGCGCACAGACACACACACAGACAGACAGACAGACAGACAGACGUGCGAACACACACACACACACACAGACAGAAACGCGCACACACACAGACGGACGUGCGCACAGACAGACGCACGCACGCACAGACCUCCACAAACUAAAGGAAGCACACCUACUCACUCUGACACACACAAACAAGGACACUGAAACUCAGGCAGGCUGCCCACUCACACACAGGAGUGUACCGAGCCUCUUGCACACAGCCUUGUCAGGCACACACACUCGCAGUGAAAGGAUUUAAGUUGGGGAGCUUUUCUAUUUGCCAGCUGUGCUGUAGCAAUUCAAACCGGGCUUGAAGUCCCAACAGUUAGAGAGAGACUGAGAGAAAGAGGGAGAGAGACCACUGAUUAACCAGAACAGCAGGGCCAGUCAGCUGGCAUGAAAAUCGCUGACUCAAUUUCACAGCUUUUUUCUUCUUCUUUUUUUCCGUUCUACUUGUUCACCUUUUCAUCAUCAUCAUCAUCAGCUGCGAGCCCAGCCCGGAUGCUCACAUCAAGAUCAUCGAGACCCUUGUGACCAGCGAAUGGACAGAAGCCCAGGCGGCUCCAGGUAAGAAACCCACAUUGCCCUUUUCUGUUAUUCAGCAUCUGGUAUGCUCUUCUGGUUGGGAGUGUAUGCAGAGAUACAGAGUGACUGUCUGUAUCUCAGUUCUAUAUUUAAAGCGAAACGAAUGCCCAUCCCUGCCUCUGUGAAAGAUUUACAUUCAUGUACUGUGUUAUGGAAAAUUGAGCAUUGACAGAAUGGCCCCUGUGCAUAUAUUAAGACUGCAGUGGAGCUAAGCACUUGGUACUGACUGACUGCCGGAGCUGAGGGGAACAGCAGGGGACAUGGGCUGUUCUUAGACCGUACAGCCGCACGGCAACUCGCACUGCAGCAGUAGCACAGGCUGUACCGGCUGCACUGCACACAAACAGGUCGCUAUUGUGGUGAAAAAGUGGCCCCAUCGCAUAUAGUGAUGGGGGAAGAAAUCGCUACUGCUACAUAUCGUUUUUAUUUUUUAUUGUUCUAUUUGAAAUAUCACUACGCUGUUUUUGAUAUACAUUUUACAUUUUAUUCAUUUAGCACUCGCUCUUAUCCAGAGCGACUUAGUUAGUGUGUGCAUACAUUUUUUAUUUAUUUUUUCAUACUGGUCCCCCGUGGGAAUCGAACCCACAACCCUGGCGUUGCAAACGCCAUGCUCUACCAACUGAGCUACAGGGGACUAUAUACACGGCAAAUGACGAGAAAAGCAAUAAGGCUUUUAUUAAACACAUUAUUUUCCCUUGGUUCUUGCCUAGCAUUUGGUUUGCUUCGCGUAUAGCCUCCUGUAGCUCAGUUGGUAGAGCAUGGCGCUUGCAACGCCAGGGUUGUGGGUUCGAUUCCCACGGGGGGCCAGUAUGAAAAAUGUAUGCACUCACUAACUGUAAGUCGCUCUGGAUAAGAGUGUCUGCUAAAUGACUAAAAUGUAAAAUGUAAAUGUAUACUUAGCGUUGGAACCGGCAAAGAAUUAUUCUGAGAUUUUGGAAAUGAGGCCCUUUAUCUACUUCGCCAGAGUCAGAUGAACUUGUGGAUACCGUUGUUAUGUCUCUGUCCAGUAUGUUAGAGGUAGUUUCGCAAGUCAUUGCUAGCUAGCGUUAGCUCAAUGACUGGAAGUCAAUGGUAUCUAACUAACAGUUAUGCAAAUUGCUAAAUAUACAGUGCAUUCGGAAAGUUUUCAGACCCGUUGACUUUUUCCACAUUUUGUUACGUUACAGCCUUAUUCUAAAAUGGAUCAAAUAAAAUAAAAUCCUAAUCAAUCUACACACAAUACCCCAUAAUGACCAAGCGAAAACAGGUUUUUUGAAACUUGUGCAAAUGUAUACCUUAUUUACACAAGUAUUUAGACCUUUUGCUAUGAGACUGGAAAAUUGAGCUCAGGUGCGUCCUGUUUCCAUUGAUCAUCUUUGAUGUUUCUACAACUUGAUUGGAGUCCACCUGUGGUAAAUUCAAUUGAUUGGACAUGAUUUGGAAAGGCACAGCUGUCUAUAUAAGGUCCCACAGUUUCUGUAGCAUUGAAGGUCCCUGAGAACACAGUGGCCUCCAUCAUUCUUAAAUGGAAGAAGUUUGGAACCACCAAGACUCUUCCUAGAGCUGGCUGCCUGACCAAACUGAGCAAUCGGGGGAGAAGGGCCUUGGUAAGGGAGGUGACCAAAAACCCGAUGGUCACUCUGACGGAGCUCCAGAGUUCCUCUGUGGAGAUGGGAGAACCAUCCAGAAGGACAACCAUCUCUGCAGCACUCUACCAAUCAGGCCUUUAUGGAAGAACUGUCCACAUUGACUUUCCGUCAGCCAACAAGAUGAGUAGGCCUAACGAACAGCAAAAGCACUAGCCUAUGUCAAUCUACUUCCCCCAUAGUACAAAAGUCGACCUAUUCUAUGCAAUAAAUAAAUAUUCCAAACAGUUGUGGGAUGUGAUAGAUCCCAAAUUAAUACAACCACUAGCAUCAAAACAACUUUGUUACGCAAUGAGGCUGACGCAACAGAUCAGAACGUUUAGCUUAAAAUGUUGAUCAACUAUUAGGCAAUACACACACAGCAGUAGGCUUUAAGCGCAAAUGUUCCAUUAGUGGGAAAACACCAUUAUCAAAAGUGACCACAAAUGCUAUUAUGCAUGUAAUGCUUUUAUUAUAAAGGUGCAUUUUUAUGGUUAAAAUUAUCUUCCUCAAACUUGAAACUCAUGCACUGCUUAUGUAUGCCAGUUAGGCUCUACACCCAUUGUAAAGUGGAUUAAUGUGCUUAAUUUUAAGAAGUUAUUUGGCCACUUUAGUUGUGAUACAAACCUUAUUAAAACAUAUAGGCCUAUGGGCUAGGCUUGUGCGACUAUGAUUCGAAAAAGUCGGCAAAAAAAAAAGGCAUUGUUUCUUAUGCUGGGCAUCAUUCACAAGUGAUAAUAUAUCAUUCACAAGUGAGAGGCUAAUAUUGUCACCCAUCAGACUAUUCUUGAUUUAAUCUUGUCUUUACAAAUAUUAAAUAAUAUUAGUUUGAAAUUUGUUUUGAUUUAGAAUGGACCAUUAUCAUGCACCUGUAUCGAAACGGGCAUCUAUGCACUUAAAUAGCGAAUAGAGGACGCUUUUCCCUGUGGUUUAUUUUCAUGCCAGCCAGGAAGGCUAUGCUCCUGUUGUAAAUAUAAGCCUAUUGCGCGAGAAGUGUUUGAUUAGAUUUUCGAACACAUUUGCAUUGUCAGAGUGAUUAGAGGGACAAUGGAGUGCUGAGUACCAGGCAGUUAGCAAGUUUGGUAGGCUACUAAUGACCAUCAGCAGCAUCAGAGCUUGGAGAAGCCUAGUUACCGUGACUAAACGUUCACGUGGAAUUUGACUGCCUUCAUGACUUGUGACCGCCGGUAUGGCGGUAAUACGGUCACCGCAACAGCCCUACACGAGUUCAUCUGACUCUGGGGAAGUAGAUAAAAUGCUUCAUUGCCAACAUCCUAAAGUGUCCCUUUAACCCAUAGCAGUCUGUCAAUGAUGGGUGUUGUGUAAAAAUGGGUUGUGUUAAUUUCUGGUUUGAUGCCGAGGAUAGAGCCGCCUUUUGAACAGGAAGUCAGUGGCUUGUUGAGGUCAAAGUGAAAGUAGUUGAUGUAGCAGGGUUUUAGGUGGAUUCCAUCAAACGUUCUGUGUACCCUUGAUUCAUUAUGUAAGACUUUGUACUUUGGCCAGAAAUACUCUGUAAACUAAAGUUUUAACAUUUCAUAAAUUCAGGUCAUGAAGGAAUAAAACCAUAUAUUGUGUAAAAAAGAAAAAAGCAAUGUGAUAUAUAUAUAUAUAUUAAUAUAAAUUUUUUCGCAUAACCGGUGGGGUUUGGACUAAGCCUAGCGUUCUCUAGACACUAGCAUUCUGGUGUGGGCGUGCACACCGUUGCGUGGCACAGUUAUGUUUUUACAGUUGCUAGUUAAGACCGCCUUUGGUGGGCAGCCCGGGGGCCCAUUGCCUGGCUGUCACUGUUUUAAACAUUUUAUUAUCUGUUAGGGUCUAUUUCUUACGUCCCUCUCACGUGGACCGCUGUCAGUAGUUCACACCUGUAGGAGCAAUGGGCCGACUUGGGAGGACGAGCACAAACACUCAACACCGCACGCUUUGACUUCUCUUUCUGCUGAACCAGCCAGGUCUCUUCCUGUGCGAACACACACCUGCGCACACAUAAACACACUAUGUGCCAUGCACUCGUACAUACACAUACAUGCCAGGCAGGUUGGACUCGGAGGGGAGCAGUUUGGCUGUCAAAUUCGACCCGUUUAACACCACCUGUGUGUGUGACUGUGUGUACGUGGGCAUCUUUGAGAGCAUGUGUGAGACUUUCUACGAAAGUGUGGGUAUGUAUACUGUCUGCAAAUGCGUGUUUCUCUGAACGAUUGCCUGUCUGUGUGCGUGCCUGGGCACCUCCUCCCAGUUACUGGGUGCCUAUUUUAAGUAAGCAGCCAAAGGCCACUUAGAUUUGGUUUGACUGGAAACUCUGUCUGUUCCACAAAGCACCUCUUGUUACACCACGACCAGACUGACAGCGUCAUUGCGUUUUGGUACACCAGUAGUACAUUCAUUUCCAAUCGAACACUGCAUUUGCCUUGCACCAAUGCCUUGCAGAUGCAGUUGCAGUGCAUUCUGUGUGGUGCAUAUGUUGGAUUUAUCCAAAGUAUGUAUCAAAUUGUAUGCGUUGACUUGACAGAAAUAUAAACUUUUGUUGCACACACAUCCACAAAUGUUUGGAUUACAUAAUGUUGUUGUUUUUUACUGCAGAAUUUAUUACGCAUCAUUGAUGCAAUGACACUUUCGGUGAGAUCAAGGUGUUAGCCCGGUGGGUGCUCCGACUUCCUAGGCCCACACUCCUCUCCCCGCUGCCUCCCACUUCUAACCCCUCCCUCCCCUCUGCCUCCCACUUCUAACCCCUCCCUCCCCUCUGCCUCCCACUUCUAACCCCUCCCUCCCCUCUGCCUCCCACUUCUAACCCCUCCCUCCCCUCUGCCUCCCACUUCUAACCCCUCCCUCCCCUCUGCCUCCCACUUCUAACCCCUCCCUCCCCUCUGGCUCCCUCCACACGCCCCUCCUAGCCCCAAAGUGGCCAGCUCAGCAAAUAUUUGAACCUGUGCGAGUUAAUCAUAAGACUGAACACCCCCCCCCCCCCCCCCCCCCCCUCCUCCUCACUCCCUCCCUUUCGAACACGGAGAGAGAGAGCGUGAGCGAGAGAGACGCGCGCACACAGUUGGUUGGCACUAGGGCCAGGUUUCAGAGUGGGCAGGCAGGGCCAACACCAAGGCAGCAGCUCAGCUAGUCAUUAGAGCCACUGAACACGCUGAUUGGCACGUGUGUUUUUCUGUUGCUCAUUAGAAAAACGAGAUUUCAGUCUCGGAGGUGUAUUUUAUUUUUAGUCAUUUAGCAGACGCUCUUAUCCAGAGCGACUUACAGUUUGUGAGUGCAUACAUUUUCAUACUGGGCCCCCUGUGGGAAACGAACCCACAACCCUGACGUUGCAAGCGCCAUGCUAAACCAACUGAGCUACAGGGGAUGUUUCCUGACCUAUUCCGCGUUUGGUUAAUGAUGUUUGUCCCCCAUGAGACACUGUAGACACGGAAGCCUAUUUCACUUCCUCAAAAUCCCCAGAAUGAAUCUAAUUUAACUCAAGAAAUCUGUAAUUGACGAUUUUGCAGAGGAUGUUUUAGUUGUGCUAUUUUACAUCUAUCUAAGGUGUUUGGUGGGUGCAGUAUUUCUCAAGUUAAGAUGCGCGACGUGUUGUCUUAUGUAAACAAAGUCGGGCUGCUGGGCAGGUCUGUCUCACUGUCUAUACUAUUGGAUAGAGAGAAAUCACUGCAGCUGUCCACCCCAUCUUAGUAGGCAAAUGUAAAUCGUCAAAUCAAAACCCAACCUUCAUAUACCUGUUGUGACGCAUGAAUGUUUCAAGACUGACUUUAUGACCAAAAUGAUCCUAUUUUACACUUUGUAGUAAAUUUUGACACUAGGAUAACUGUUUCUGACUCAUAUCGAUGCCACAUAGGCCGUUUUCAAAGGGAUUCGUUGAUUUCUGAAGGCAGUUGCUCUUUAACCAGCGGUCCCCAUGCGCACAGCCCUCCUCAGCCUGGCAUAACAUUUAGAGAGAGGGAGAGAGGGGAGCAAUAGAGGGGGGGGAGUGAGAUAGGGAGGUAGAGAGAGAGUGGGGAGGUAGAGAGCAAGAGGGAGCGGUACAGAGAGGCACGCAGCCCUCCCUCACUGUCACACCACCCGCGUCAGAUCAAGGAGCAAGCCAGGCAGUCAGGCAAGCACCUGCCUCCAAGCCAAACCAGAGAGUUACCGGAUUACCUGGAUUUCAUUAAGUACCACUGAACGGACCGUCACCUCCCUGAGAACUAAAGUAAAGUAAUCUGGUUUAAGCCACGGAAUGGAACUUUUCAGAAGGACUUGAGAGUUUUCAAUCUAGACCUCUAUCUGUUUGGAUUUUACACACCGUUAUUGGGAGAAUUAAACAAAGACACCACUGGUGCCUUUACCAGAACAUGCACAACUUGCAACGUAAGUUUGAGAUCUUGAAUCGUUGCAAAUCUGAUACACUGGAUAAGCUUAAAGGGUUUAUUGCUAAUGCAAGGGCUUCAGCAAAACCUUGAGAGAAAGAUGAAUAGCCAGAUAGAAAAUGGAAAAUAAAUGGUAACAGUGCUAUGGGACAGAAACAAGACUGACAGGUUUUGUCGUUUUUUUUUUAUGGCCUUUCUCCUGGAGCUGUCAAGAGAACAGGUUCUCCUCAAGGCAUUUCUCUCUCUCUCUCCGCUGCUGGUUCGUACAGGCCCCAUAUAUCACCCGGCUGUCUUUCUGUGUGGUCAGAACGGCACGCUGAUUUAUCUAGGGACAACGGUGCAGAAUUUCCCAUUUGGACUGUACCAUUUCAGAGGCAAUUUUAGAGGCCCCAAUCGGAAUAUGAUUUACUACCGAGCAAAAAUAAAUACAAAAUGAAGUCCAUGAAUAUGAAGUUGAAUAAUGUAUUUAAAUGUAUAAAAUCAUAUUUGUAUGACUUCAAUUUAGUGUGUACAUGUAGCUAGCUAUCCGUAAAUGAGAUCACAUGCCCUUAAAAAGGUACAGCCAAGCUAAACUGUCCUCCUUAUCACUCCGAUAAGCUUUUAUCUGGUAUACUUUCAGUCAAUGUGGCCUAUUUCAUCAUUCCCACACUGCCUUUGGAAAGACAGCAUCCCCCCCCCCCCCCCCCCGGAGAAUUACUGGUGUAUUCUGGAGCCUCCGGGUGACUGGCGGUAGUAAGUGGGUGGCUGUGACCGGGGCAAAGGCUUUAGGACAUCUAGUGGAGCUGCUCUGCCUACGUGCAGCAGCAGCAGCAGAGCUUGCUUUGUCUCCGUGCCAACAGUGGGCCGGACUAAACCGGUACACGACACGCGCGGGGAGGAGGGAUUGAGCAACCUGCGGGAGGGAGGGCUGAGAGCCACAGAGCAGGAGAGAAAGAGAGAGGCUGCAGGUUUUUUUUCUCUCCAACUGCGCUAGAGCUAAGAGAAGAUGUUUGCAGCAGCUAUAGUCGGAUCUAUCUCUGGAAAGGAUGCUGUGUACUAAACAGAUUGUUAUAGGGGUAUUUUAGCCUGUGCGUGUUCUAGUCUAUAUAGAUACUGUGAUGUGCACUGCAUGGGCUGUGCACAUUGAGGGUUAGCAGCGACAACUUAAAAUGGGAAAAGGCCAGUGAGCUUUCAAAAUGACGACAUCGCUUUCUGGAAAUGAAAGAUGCAAGAGUUGUUGGUGACGGUCCCCCCCGCGCUAUUGGCUGUGGUAAGUGAUGUAACGCAUUACUGAGGAAGGAAGCAGGCAAGCUGCCCUUAAAGAUGGCUUUUUAAAAUGGGUUUUGAGGUGGUCGUAUAAAGAGAACAGGGCUCCAUUCCGGACGGAUUACGAUUUUAUCAUUCAAAUGUGCAGCAAGGCGGUGUCUGAAACAUGGAGGAUUUGGAGGACUCUUGUCUGAGACCCGAGUUCAACGUCGAUUCAGAACCUUUCUUUUACCUAGAGAUGGACCCUCCAGGUAGGCGAACUGACUAGCUCAUUCACGUUGGAUGUUGCAUGACAAGUCUGUCUCACUGCAUGCUGAGACAUUGGUUUAAGUAUGGCAGGGAUACGAUAGUCUAAGGCUAGCAGCUGCAGCGCAGGAAGUUCACAAGGCAAAUGCCAGGUUUUCUGGUGGCGAUGAAACGUCACCUUGGCUGUCAGCCCAAAACUGCUGCUUGCAUUGCCAUACCCUCUGGCCAUCUCUGAGCACCUCUCUUUUGGAUCAGUGGCUUUAGGCACUGCUGCGACCAGUUGGCUGUUGGAAAGAUGGCGUUUUCGAUAACUCCAGCCAAAGGGAACAGCACUGUUUCAUACAUUAUUCCAUCACCAUGGAUAUGGCUCAUGUUAUAAAUAUGUAUAUUAUACCCAUGGCUCGGUGUCUCUCCUGAUAUACUCAAGCCUGUGAGGUACACUGCCGCAGGGCAGUAGGCAGAUACAGAGCGAGGGAACAAAGGGAGUGCAGCAUCUCUUGUGGUUUAAAAAUAGCCUGCUGCCAUUUCAGCUCUGCUCUCUCCUGCCUGCUCCUCUGAAAGAGUGGCAGCUAUGUCGAGCGAGCCUGAGUCACUCGUGUGAUUAGCCAAUCCAAUGCAGUAAUUAGGGCUUAUUGAUUCUGAGAGCUAGCAGCAUGAAAUAGGAAUGAUAAUCUUUAUUGGGGAGAAUGCUGUUGCUUAGAAGAAGCCAUUGGAAGAGAAAGGACUGGAUGUGCUCAAUGCAACGUGAUGAUGUCAUUGAGGUUUUUUGUCACUGGAGCUCGGUGGGUUCAUUGGUUUCUCUCUACAGGCAGUUAUAUUGGUGGAUAUGUGGCUGAGUUAUAGGACUUACUUGAUGAUUAUCAGAUGGUUUACAGCAAUUUGCAUUUGAGCUGCUGGCUCAAAGCUGUGCUCCAUUUAGGUCUGAAAUUAUGCAGUGUAAUUAAUUUUUUCUCUAUUUUUUUGUGGCCGUUUUGCAGAAAGGCAGAGAUUAUCUGUGUGUGGUGUAAUUGGGGCAACAGAUGGGGUUGAUUUCUCGUUGUUGUGAUUUAUGGUCAUGUCCCAACGCUGGGGACUGGAGAUGAUGGAGGGAAGGGGCUCUUUUUUUCUUGAAUGAAAUCCAUUCUCCCUGACUCACUCGCUCUCGCUGUCUCGCUCUCUCUAUAUCACACUUGCUCUUUCUCUCGCUCUCUCUCACUGUUGGAGAGCAGUGGUAUUCUUUCAGCCCAAUGUAAUCAAUUGGAAAGGAUUGGAAUGAGAAAGAGCAGUGGGGAGGAUGAUGAGGGGAGGAUACUGCUAACUGCCGCAGACGUUUGAUUAGGUUCAAAUGGCUCUCUCCUGCUCGCGGGGCUAACAGAUGUCCAUUUGAAUGUGUAUCGUACAGAUUUGUGGGCCAAUUUAAUUAUCCGCAAAGCAAAUGGAAGAAUAUUGGCACUCGCAGCUAUAGAGUAAUAUAUAUUUCUACAACCCCUUUCAGCUCUCCCCUGGCAUACUGGCCUAGCAUUACAUUAUAUAGACUACGCCAGGAUUUUCUGACAUAUCACUCCUGAUAACUGCAUGCUCCUGUUUAAUGUACUAGGGAAUUGACUGUAUCAUCAUCACAUGAACUAAGCAGCCAUCUCUCUCCCCUCUCGUACACUACAGCCCUACCUCCCAAGCCACCCAAACCCACGCCCCCUGCUGUCACUAACAACGGUAUGAACAACAACAUGGCGCUGCAGGACGCCGAGUGGUACUGGGGAGACAUCUCCCGCGAGGAGGUCAACGAGAAGUUGAGGGACACGGCCGACGGUACGUUCUUGGUCCGUGACGCCUCCACCAAGAUGCACGGCGACUACACACUCACGUUGAGGUAAGUCUUUCUCCUUCCCUCGAAAAGACUCACUUCUCACCAUCCUUGAUAACUAGUGUUUGUUGAAUAUUUAGUUUUUAAUUGGUUCCCUCCCUACUGGUCUCCACUUACAGAAAAGGGGGUAACAAUAAGCUGAUAAAGAUAUUCCACCGGGAUGGGAAGUAUGGCUUUUCAGACCCCCUGACCUUCAACUCGGUGGUGGAGCUCAUCAACCACUACCGCAAUGAGUCACUGGCCCAAUACAACCCCAAGCUAGACGUCAAGCUGCAGUUCCCCGUCUCCAAACACCAGCAGGUAACCGUCAGCAUGAUCAUAAACUUUAUUUGUUUAGGACGUUUCACACAAUACGUCAUAGUUCAAAGUCUUUGCAAAUGAAUCAUUGUAGAUCUACAGCUCUAAUCCAUUUCUUCUACUCCCCUUCUCAGGAUCAGGUGGUGAAGGAGGACAACAUCGAGGCUGUGGGGAAGAAGCUCCAUGAGUACCACCAGCAGUACCAGGAGAAGAACCGAGAGUACGACCGACUCUACGAGGAGUACACCAGGACGUCCCAGGAAAUCCAAAUGAAAAGGACAGCGAUCGAAGCAUUCAACGAAACCAUCAAGAUCUUCGAGGAGCAGUGCCAAACGCAAGAGCGGUACAGCAAGGAGUACAUUGAGAAGUUCAGGAGGGAAGGCAAUGAAAAGGAGAUCCAGAGGUAAGCACUUGAUCUAGACCCCCCCCCCCCAAACGGCAAAUAAAAUACAAUUUGGACAUUGUUUUCUUAUCUGAUCAAUUUCUUAACGCUUCAUAACUGAGUUAUUGUUUUCCUCAGGAUCAUGGGCAACUAUGAGAAACUGAAGUCUCGUAUCAGUGAGAUCGUGGACAGCAAGCGGCGUCUAGAGGAGGAUCUGAAGAAGCAGGCCGCUGACUACCGAGAGAUCGACAAAAGGAUGAACAGCAUCAAGCCCGACCUCAUCCAGCUCCGCAAGACCAGGGAUCAGUACCUCAUGUAAGUAACAUAGAUAUAUCACCGCCUAGUCUCAAAUAAAUUCAAAUAACUUUAUUGUUCUGGUGAUGGGGAACGUCUUGUAAAGGUCUCAAUACUUCCGGUCUCUAAUCUGUCUUUUCAUGGUUCUUGUGUUCCAGGUGGUUGACCCAGAAGGGAGUCAGGCAGAAGAAGCUCAACGAGUGGCUGGAAAUCAAGAACGAGAACACGGAAGAGUGAGUAUUAUAGACUGACCUUCCAUCCAUUUUAUGUUCCUGGUAUCUAACGUUGACAAAGUUAUGGGACAAGCAAUGGGGAAUCACAUCGCACCGUUGUUCAAUCUGCAAAGGUUUGCCAUUCAAUAUCAAACUUUAAGUAUCUAACUCCCUCCGUCCAUCUAUGUUCUCCAGUCAAUACUCUAUGGUGGAUGACGAUGAGGACCUCCCCCACCACGACGAGCGCUCCUGGAAGCUGGGCAACAUCAACCGGCUGCAGGCCGAGGCCCUCCUCCGGGGGAAGAGAGACGGAACAUUCCUGGUCCGAGACAGCAGCAAGGCAGGAUGCUACGCCUGCAGUGUUGUGUAUGUAUAAAGACCUUGUUCUCAUUCUACUGUCUUACAAUAGUAUAGUUGUGUAAGCAUCUACCUCAUCCUGAACUGGCCCUUACCUGCAUUUGGUUACUGAUGCAACAUAAUUUACCUAGGCUUUUGUACGGCUACACAGUUUGGGAACAGGUGUAGACGUUGUAGCUUGACAGUGUUCCCAGACUGUGCUGCACUACACCCUUUCUGUUUACCCCAACCUGAAGUCAAGCUGUUUGCUUCUACACUGUUCAGUACAUUGACGUUUGCACUGCAAACACAAAUUCAGAGACUGUAGACUUUACAAGCACAGGUGUAGCCUUCAGUGUAGACAUUGCAGCUCAACCAUGUCUAGAGUAUAGGGUAGAACCUCGUGUGACCAAGGGUUUGAUGAUUAGUCAAGUCGUAGAGUCAGGUGUGCCCUAGUGCUGGGACCGAAAAUGUACAACCUGGCCUAAUAGAAUAUGACUUGACUUUUCUCUCCUUCUCCGUCUCUCCUCUCCAGUGUGGAAGGUGAGGUGAAGCACUGUGUCAUCAACAAGACGCCCUCAGGGUUUGGCUUCGCCGAGCCUUACAACCUGUACAGCUCACUCAAAGAACUGGUCCUCCACUACCAGCACACGUCGCUGGUCCAGCACAAUGACUCUCUGAAUGUUACGCUAGCGCACCCCGUCUACGCACAGCAGAAGCGGUGAGGACCCUCUUGGCCAUUCAGUUGGACAAAAACAUGAAAGGGCCUCGUUUUCCUAAAAAUGUAGAUUUAUAUAUUGUGCUCGGACUUUGGACUCAAAGAUUUGAAAAGGCUAGGCCGUGUCUUGCCUACUAACAGACUUUUGACCCACGAGAGCGGAAAGGACUAAAGAGACCAACGCAAAACGAAGCCUGAAAACAUUUCAGCGACUGUGAACUGACUGUGAGCAGUGGCGAGAGCCUGAAUGUAGUCUUGUUUCUCUCGUGCUUAUUGUGGGAGCAUAUAGAGUCAAGGUGAAACUGCUGAACUCUCUCCCCAGCGGAGGACAUUGGAGGCCUUUUCCUAAUGGUGCUUGUUCUUUUCAAAGCUUUACCAGCUGGAAUGUCAAAACACAGAUAAAACUCGAGUGCAUCAUUUUUUUCCUACUUUUCCUCUUUUCCCCCUUCUGUGUUUUUACUUUCAAGUCUAUCUCCCUGCGUGUGUGU